AUGCCGGUUACUAGAAGCCACAGUAGCCGGAAGGAAGAGUCCAGUACCGCCGAAUCAAGCACAGUCUGCACGAGCAACACCACGACGACUAUGGGAAGCGGUGUGACUGAGACAUCCGCCACGACCACGUCGGCGGCGAACGCAAGCGCUACCGGAUCAAAGCGCCCUGCGACGCCGCCACCUCGAGACACGAGCGUGGUCACUGUGGUGCGUCAAGUCACAUCGCAGCCAGCUACCUUACGGCCCCGGUCACAUCACUCCAAAGCCUCCCGCAAGAGAUACCUCGCGGAAUUGGAGGCUAGGGAGCUGUUGGCCGAGGCGCAAAAGAAGGAAGCACAAGCCGCCGCCGAACUAGCGAAGGUGAGGCUCAUGCGGAUACAAGCGGAGGACUCGUCCGACGAGGAAGAUGAAGACAUCAUCGUCAAGAGCGAGCGCAUCGAGCAGUGGGUGCAGGAGCAAUCCUCUACGCCCCCGCCGCCUGCUCUCGCUCUCACAGCGGGCCAGGCAAGAGGCUCGUCCCCCGUGAGGGGCCAGACACAGGCCCCUCCCACCCCGUGGAUACCUACGGAACUGCCACGGGUCGUCGAGGCGCCGCAGUAUGAAGAGCGCGCGCCUCCCGCACGUCAGCAAGAAAAGUCGUCAAGUGAAGACGUCAUGCAGCUUGCCGCACUAUUGAAGAGUGUGCUGAGCGGCGGUGGCUACAGAGAGCCGCCACGGUACAUCCAAGAUCUACCUACGUUUAACGGAAACAGCAGCGAGUGGCUACCGUUUCGUGCGGCCUACCAUGAAACCGAGAAGUACUUCACGAAGAUAGAAAACGUCGCCCGCCUGAGAAAAAGCCUGCGUGGGGCCGCCCUCGAAGCCGUCAGCUGUCUACUUAUCAGCGAUCCGAACCCUGUCGUCAUUAUACAGGGCUUGGAACGACGGUUCGGGCGGCCAGAAGCACUCAUACUCAACGAGCUCGACAAAGUGAAGAAACUACCGAAGUUAGCUGAGAGCCCACGUGACCUGUGCAUCUUUGCAAGCAAGCUGGCCAACAUCGUGGCUACGAUCGAAGCACUGAAGAAAUCGCACUUCCUCUACAACCCGGAGAUCGAGCGCACUGUAAUCGAGAAACUCACACCAAUUCUUCGUGACAAAUGGUACGAGUACAACUUCACGCAUCAUGGUGAAGAAGCGAACCUGAAGAAGCUCUCUACCUACCUGAACCACGAAGCGGACAAGUGCGGCCCAUACGCCGCGCUCGAGCAGAUCGACAACAGCGCACCUACACCCGUGAGUGUGAGGGAGAAAGCUGCGAAGAAGAAGACGGAACGUACCUACGCCGCCGAGAACACGCACAAGCAAGAAGAGGACGGCUGCCCUAUGUGCAAACAGGCUCACAAGUUACCUGAAUGCACUAGGUUCACCGAGAAGACGACUGACGAGCGCUGGGAAAUAGCGAAACAGAACAAGCUGUGCUUCCGCUGCCUACGUAGCACACAUCGCCGCUUCUCAUGUAAAGCGAAGCCCUGCGGUGUCUCCGGCUGCAAACUGAGCCACCACAAGCUCCUGCAUCACGAAGCUGUCAAGAAAGUAGACAAACGCGAAGAGGUCACCGCGUCCACGACAGAGAAGCCGACCGUCGCAGCAAACAAGAGCGAGCGCCGCCGCGCUUACUUGAAAAUAGCGCCCGUGGUACUUACUGGCCCUCGCUCCAGUAUAGAUACCUACGCACUGUUCGACGAAGGAAGCACCAUAACGAUGAUCGACGCGGACGUGGCCGACUCUCUCGGCCUCGACGGCCCCACUGAUCAAAUGUGGGUGCAAGGAGUCAGCGGCAAAGAAGUUCGACACUCGAAGAGCAAGAAAGUCGACUUCACCAUACGGGGCAAGCACGCGCAAGAAGAGUUCAAGCUUGAAGACGCACGCACAGUCGAGAAGCUCGACUUCAUCACUCAGACGGUGAAGAAAGAAGAAGUCGACGACUGCAGCCACCUGAGCGACAUCCAAGAAGAACUUGCCUACGAGGGGGCAUCGCCGAAAAUACUCAUCGGCCAGGACAACUGGGACUUAAUUGUCUCGAGGGAAGUCCGAGAAGGCCGCCGUGACCAGCCUGUGGCAUCUCGCACACAGCUCGGCUGGGUACUGCACGGCUGCCGCACCACACAGAGCAAACCUGUGAACUUCUGCGGGUACGUCACGAGCGUAGAAGUAUCAAUGGAGAAUAAAAUGAUGAAGCACUACUUCGAGCUGGAGUCCCUGGGCAUCGAAGCGAGAAAACCGACGACAGAUCCAGAAGAGCAAGCCACGAGAAAACUGGAAGAGGAAAGUCGCCGGCUGCCCGAUGGUCGCUUCGGAACUCGGUUGCUAUGGAAACGAGAAAAUGAGAAAAUACCCAACAACCGUCAAGAAGCACUGAAACGACUCUGCAGCCUCGAACGCAAGCUCGACCGUGACCCAGAACUCAAGAAGAAAUAUGAAGAGAGCAUGGAGAAUAUGCUGAAGUCCAGAUACGCCGAGCCCGCCACCACACUCCCGACGCAAGACAGACCGUGGUACCUGCCGCACUUCGCCGUCUGCAACCCCGAGAAGAAGAAGAUAAGACUGGUGCACGACGCCGCAGCGAAGUCACAUGGACGCAGCCUGAAUGACAUGCUGCUGACCGGCCCCGACCUGCUUCAGUCACUUCCUGGGGUGGUCAUGCGGUUUAGGCAGCACCCCUACGCAGUCAGCGCGGACACCAAGGAGAUAUUCAUGCAGAUACGCAUCAAGGAGUGCGACAGAGAUGCGCUGCGCUUCCUCUGGCGCAGCAACCGGCGGGAGGGUACACCAGACGAGUACCGCAUGACGUCCGUGAUCUUCGGCGAAUCAUCGUCACCGUGCACGGCGCUGUUCAUCAUGAAUAGAAACGCCAGAGACUUCGCCGACACGCACCCCGAGGCCGUCCGAGCAAUCGAGAAGAACCACUACAUGGACGACUACCUGCAAAGCUUCACGUCGGUGGAGGAGGCCCAGCACGUUACGAAGACAGUCGACGAGAUACAUGGACGAGCAGGCUUCGAACUACGCGGAUGGGCAUGGAACGAGAGACUACGCCACCUCAUCACCGACCCCGGGACAGCUACGAUCGACAUCGGCUGGAGCGAAAUAGAGAAGACACUCGGCCUCAUGUGGCACGUACAUGAAGACAAUCUCGGCAUUCGUCUUAACAGUCAUAAGACGCCGGCUGAGGUGCUACGAGGGGACCGUCCGCCAUCGAAACCACCGCCCGCAGCGGCCUACUGGAGAAUGCAACGAGCAGACGGCAGCGUGAAGGCCACACUGACCAUGGCGAAGAACAGAGCAUCAAUCAAGCCUACGUCAAUACCGCGGCUGGAACUACAGGCUGCGGUACUCGGGACUCGCAUCUCGAACACAACUCGAUCGGAACACGAUUAUGAAGACAUCACGAGAAGAGUGUUCUGGAGCGACUCACGGACGGUGCUGGCGUGGAUACGAGCUGAGCCACGCACAUUCAAGACCUUCGUCGCUCACAGGUUCGCUGAAAUCGAAGAGUCUACGAGAUGGGUACCUACAGCUGAAAAUGUCGCCGCCGACGCAACUCGAGUAGCGCCGCACGACUUCGACGCGCAACACCGAUGGUAUAACGGGCCCGAGUUCCAGCGGCAUUCUGAAGAACACUGGCCCACGGAGAAUAAGGAACCAGUACCCAAGACCAUCGAGAAAAAGGAGAGCUGCACCGUCGUGUCACUCGGACACGCCCACCUGCCGUCGAGCGAUUUUCGAAGUGGACACGACUCACUCGUGUCACCGCUCGAGUACUGCAGUUCACGCCGCACGACAGCACCGGAGGCGAGCUCACCGGCUGGCAGACGUCUUCUGGUAGAGGUGGAUGCAGGAGUACCUACUGCUACUCCAACACCGGCGGGAGCCACACAGCACCAGCAGCCAACCGAAGAUCGGCGACCUGGUCAUCGUGUGCGACUCCAACAACCCGCGCAACACCUGGCCCCGAGGACGAGUCACAGCUGUCUACAAGGAAGGAAGGACAACAUCGUGCGAGUCGUCGACAUCACUACGAGCAACGGGCACGUGCUACGUCGACCAACGAAGAAGAUCGUCGUGCUGCCAGUAGAAUCGCAAGAUAGCGACGGCGGGAGAAUGUUCACGACGAAAACCUUAGGAUAA